CAGUCUGCCGCAGAUACAUCAGUAGAAGAAGACGUGAGCGCUACGUGGUAGCAGCUAAUACGGCGGACCGGAGGAGCUGUGAGGGAGAUUUUUUCACCUCUAACUUGGCACUGAGAGGAAAAUUUCCGUUUGAUGUCAUUUUGUGGAACCCAGAGCAGCGGCCGCCGCAGCAAAUGGGACCAGCCCGGCCCUGGCCCUGGCUCCGGCUCUGCGGGCAUGGGGGAGGCUGAAGCUGCUCCCUCAGGGGCUCUGGAUGCUGCAGCGGCGGUGGCUGCAAAGAUCAACGCCAUGCUGGUGGCUAAAGGCAAACUGAAGCCCUCCCAGAUCGGCAUACCGGGUCCACCUGACAAGGCCGUCUGUGUUGGGAAACCUCCGGUGCUGGCCAAAGCCAAAGAUGACCUGGUGGUGGCCGAGGUGGAGAUCAACGACGUCCCGAUCACCUGCAGGAACCUGCUGACCCGCGGACAGACGCAGGACGAGAUCAGUAAAGUUAGCGGAGCUGCAGUGUCCACCAGGGGGCGCUACAUGACGGCAGAGGAGAAGGGGAAAGCUCUACCGGGGGAUCGACCUCUCUACCUCCACGUCCAGGGACAGACCAGAGAGCUGGUGGACCGAGCAGUGAACAGGAUCAAGGAGAUCAUCACCAACGGCGUGGUGAAAGCUGCUACCGCCUCGUCUUCUGCCUCGUCCUUCACUCCCAGCGGGGCUUCAGUCACCGUUUACCACCAACACAACCCUCCUCCGCCCUCGCUGCCGCCCAUCACGCACCACAAACCACACUUCCAGUCGGGGAUGCAUUACGUUCAGGAUAAAGUCUUCGUGGGUCUGGAACACGCCAUCCCCGGCUUCGUGGUCAAAGAGCGAGUGGAGGGUCCCGGCUGUUCCUACCUGCAGCACAUCCAGGCCGAGACCGGAGCGAAAGUCUUCCUCCGAGGGAAAGGAUCGGGUUGUCUGGAGCCGGCGUCGGGCCGAGAGGCCUUUGAGCCGAUGUACAUCUACAUCAGUCAUCCCAAACCUGAAGGACUCGCAGCAGCAAAGACCCUGUGUGAGAAUCUGCUUCAGACGGUCCACGCAGAAUAUUCUCGCUUCCUCAAUCAGAUGAGCACGGUGAUGCCAACGCAGCAAGGCUUCGCUCAGCCCCCAGUGGUGAACGGGAUGCCCCCUCAGCCUCCUUAUUACCCUCCUGCUGGGUUCCAGCCCGCUUACCCCGUGGCGGUUCCUCCCCUCCAGCCGGUGCCUCCUCCCUACUCCGUCCCCCUGCCCAUACCCCCGGUGGCGGCCGCCGGGGUUCCCUCCCAGUACCCCCUCCGCCCGGUUCUUGCCCCUGGCCCGGUACCUGCCCCGGUUCACGUGUCUGCCCUGGCUCCGGCCCCGGUUCCUGCCCCGGUUCCUGCCCCAGACGCUCUGCCACAGACUCUUCCUCCUGUCCGUUUCCCUCCGGCUGCCGUGGCUCCGCCCAAAGCUCCGCCUCCUGCCGUUCCAACCAAUCAACCGCAGAAAAGACGCUUCACUGAGGAAGUGCCGGAUGAGAGGGACAGCGGGCUGCUGGGAUACCAGCAUGGACCCAUUCAUAUGACUAAUUUAGGUGCAGGCUUCACAGUGGGCAGCCCCGAGACAUCAGGACCCCCACCAUCGAGUUCCUCCGGCCCGCCGAGUGAGAGGGACUGUAGGCAGCUAAUGCCUCCACCAGCGCUGCCCGUGAACGGAGUCAGACCCAGGAUGGAGGACAGACGACCGCCGCAAGGCCUCGUGGAACCAGCAGGGAAAAGGCUGAAAACCGGUUUGGUUGCGUACGCCGGAGACUCCUCGGACGAAGAGGAAGAUCACCCCACCUCCAAAGCCUCAGGGCCAGGUAACCCUGGGGCAGUUCCCCCCUCAUCCAGCUCCCCAGGCUGGUCGCAGGGCUACCGCUGCCCUCCUCCACCACCUCCUCGUGCCAAAGCUCAGCCCCAGCAGCAGACAAUGCCCUUCUGGAUGGCGCCGUGAAGCAGAGAAACCUGAACUCUCAGCGCUUUGGGCCGAGUCCUACAGGACGUCCACCCAGCCUGAGCCGGUGUUUAUCCGCCGCUGGUUGUGGAUGAAUCUGAGCAGCUUUGUGUUGGUUUCACCGUUAUUUUCGGGGUCCAAAUGGACGUACUGAUGUUUUGUAAAACUCCUUUGUUUCUUCUGUGCACGUACCAUAGUUUGAAGAGGAACUACAGCGUUGAAUUAGUCUCAGAACUUGUGCAAAUGAAAAGCAGGCGUUAAGAUAUGACAAACCAUCAAUUGAAAGAACGCUUUGGUAGAAGUUCAGUCCCACAAGCGCAAAAACUUGUCGAGAUGACUUUUGAGAUUUUGGAGGCAGCUGAUUGGUCGUUUGCAAUCUGGAGCCUGUUCUACCGUGCGAUACAUGAUGGCAGAACGACAUUCAGCUGGUCAAAUGUGCCCAAACUAUGAGGUCAUGAUUGAGUGUUUUGAAAAUUAGACAGUGUACUCUUUAGGUACUAUAGAUCAGCUGUAGUACCUGUUUGUUCCACCAGGUGGAGCCUCCUUUUAUUUAACACUAUCAUGAGCAGAUGAGGUGUCUCUCAGACUAUUGGUGGUUCUGUGUUGGGAGGCAGAGAGCUUUGUUGGCAAUUUUGUAAGUAAAGGAGCACCAUGACAAAGAUUUAAGGUUUAUUGACAUUUAGUCAACGCACAAAUGUUAAAUCAAGCUUCAGUUCUUUUCACCUUUAAAGCCUGACCCUUUAUUUCCAUCUGAUGUCAUGCUAACGGUAAAAUAAUCUGAAUAAAUACGGCAUUAUCACUCGAUGUUUUUACAAAUAUUUACGGCAAACUCUAGAACUGUGAUCCUGUUUUUAAGGUACAGAUGAACUCUGACAGAUGAGGCUGGGAUGCAUUUAAUAUACAUUAAAAUGAGUCCUGGAUAAAUUUUAAGUCGUUUUGGACAUUUUUUACUCACAUUGGGCAAUUUUAAACUCAUUUUAGACAGAUUUAGUCAACUGGAGUCAUUCUGGAUAAACUCAGUCAAUUUGGCUGAAUUUCAAGCAAUCUUGAACAAGAUUUGAGUGAUUCUGAAAACAUUUCUGGACCAUCUUUCAGUCAUUUAAGAAGUCUGGAGUCACUUUGGACACUUUCUACUAAUUCUGGAUGAGUUAUUUUUGGGGAAAAAAGUCAAGUUAUUUUGGACAGAUUUGAACUCAUGUUGGACGUGUUGUGAGUGAUUUUGGAAUAAACGGGAGUAAUUUUAGACGGGUUUGAGUCUAAAUUUGUUGAGAUAAAAUGAGUCCUUUCAGACACAUUCUAAAUCAUGUUUGUCGAAUUCGGAGUCAUUUUGAACAAAUACUACUCACUUGGGACAGUUUUUCUCCUAAUUUUGGAUGAGUUUGAUGAUGUCAUUAAUGACGGCAGUCUUUGCCGUGGUGUCCCUUUACCAGCUGAACAAGGACUCAGACUGCCACUACAGAUCAUUACAACACAAAGAAAGGGCUCUCAGUAUAUUUUAGAUAUUAAAGAUUUGGAUGCGGGGGUAAACAACUCAAUCUGGACGUCCCAGAAAAUACAAAUUAAAUGGUUGUAUUUAUAUAGCCCUUUACAAAGAUCGAACCGGCAACCUUCCAGUUCCAAGACGGCCGCUCUACCCACUGAGCCACGCCGCAUUUCCAUCAUCAGGUGGAUUUUUUUUACCGCCUGAACAAAAAUAAAAUCCUGACAGCGUAUUAUUAGAUUAAAAUAACUUAGUUUAUCUUCAUUGAACCCACACAUUAAUGCCUCAGUAAUUACCAUCAGAUGAUAAAACUAAAGAGCAUUUUUUGGUGCUUUUGUACGCUGAACUAAACGGCAGCAUUAUCAGCCAAUAAAGUCUCAAAUUCAACCCAAUGAUUGACUUUUAAACCCUCUGUGGGCAGGAAUCUCUGAACUCGUCUGGUUUUCACAGGCUUUGAGCUUAAUUUACCACUAGGAGGAGCUUCUGCAGGAUUCCAACCAUCUUCUGCCUCCAGGUUCAUUCUGAAGUGUUUCAGUCUUCUGUCUGGGUAAAAUAACGAUGAUGUACCGCUGACCGGCUUUCAUUCAUCCACCGACUUUAGUUUUUUUCUCCUGUCGGUCGGUGGCGUCUCUUUUUCCUAAUCUGCUCGUUUCUUUUGUACAGAUCAUAUUAGAAAAACACUCCUGGAUUCAUUUCAUGGUUUUAUGAAAUAAAUUUAAUUUAUUGCCGUG